GUUCCAGAAGGAUUUGUUACGGUAGAAGUGACUCGACGUCCUGUGGCGACUCUCUGAGUACUUGAUACUCGCCAUUUUAGCCGCCAGUUAGGAAACGCGCGUGAUGCACCAGAUCUGAAAGCUAAGGCUCCGGUAAUUAGGAUCGUAGACUAGUUAGUGGUCGCUGUCAGUGGGUCUGACGAACUUCUAACAGAACCCGAACUAACCGCCAUGGGCAUCCCCAUGCCCGCGCGAUCGGACGAGAUGGAAUCCGCGCCAGCGGAUAUCCCACCGACUCCACCUGCGCCUGUUUCCGCGCCGCCGCAUGACGGCCCAACCGCCAUGGGUGCGCUCGGCCUGCUUCGCCUCUUCUCCAUCUGGCCGCCGCAGCAGAAGGCGGCUCCCGCGUGCCCGUCCGGAGUACCCCAGGCGGUGCCGGGCUGCCCGCCGACGCCGGAGGUUGCGGGGACGGACGCGGGGCGAGCCAUGGAGCCCGGCGCGGCAGCAGGGAGUGGGGAGGAGAUGGGCGAUGGCAAUGCGGGUGGCAUGGCGGGCGCAGCGAUGGCCAUUGACGAAAGCGCCACCGCGCACGCAGCACCGCACCCAGAGGAAGAGCACCCCGCGCAAUCGCCGUCCCGCUGCUUAGAUCCGUCCGCGUGCCCCCCGCUGGAGCGCCCCUUCUCCCCCACGUGCGUGCUCGACCCGCCCGACUGGGCGUCCGUCGCCGGCCUCGACAGUCUGCAGCUGCCGGCGCUGCAGCGACUGGCGUCGCACGGCGUCGUCUGGAAGCACCCUGCGACGGCCGCCCUGCGACGCUUCACGCUGCACUACGGCGGCGAGGUGGACGCGGACGGCAACUGCCUCUUCGCCGCGCUCAACCGCCUCGUGCCGCAUCCCCACGGCGCGGCGGAGCUGCGGCGGAGAACGGUGCGGCGGUUUAUGAAGGAGUACGAGGCGGGCGUGGUGGAGCGCGCGCGCGUGGACGCGGCGGUGCGGCACCUGUACGCGCCGGACGUGGCCGUGGGGUGGGGCGUGCACGUGGUGCAGGAGGUCAAGCUGCUCGCGCCGCGCUCGCAGCGCCAAGAGCUCGUGGCGGCCGUGGCGCAACUCGUCGACUGCGGCAUGUCCAGGGACCACGCCAUGGAGCUCGUCGCGCAGGACCGCUGCCUCCCCGUCGACUGCGCGCGCCGCUGGGCGCACUACAUGUCAGUGGGCGCGCCCCUGGUGCCCACCGGCGCAGCGGAGACAGCGGGGGAGGGCGCGGGGAUGGCGGAGUGGGUGGCGGAGGCCGAGGAGGCGGGCGGGCACGACGUGGUGUCGCUGCAGUACGCGCAAGAUGGGCUGCUCUCCGCCUCCGCCUCCUGGGACUUUCCGCCGCCCGCCGUCUGCGCGGAGCGGGAUACGAGCGCGGGGGAAGCGGGGGGGGGCGCGGGAGGCGGCACGGCGGCGUUCGGCGACGACAUGGCGAUCGAGAUGCUGGCGACGGAGAUGGCGCGUGAGAUCAUCGUUGUGCAGGCGCACGGGCACGACGCCAUGGUGGACGAGCACUCCGCGCUCUUCUUCCUCCCGCAUGCCCCCAGGGGCGCGCCGAGCUCCGUGGCGCACCCGCCACUCUUCCUGCUCAUGAAGGGCACAGCGUGGUGUGGCGCGGGUGGCGAUCACUACGAGGCCAUGGUGGCGGUUGACAGGGGGGAGGUGCCCAAGGGGGACGCCCAGAGGACGUGCGGUGCUGUCAUGCUGUGAUUGGCCAAGAAGGGGAGGGGGGGGGGGGGGGGGAAGAAGGGAAGAAUGCAAGGCGCAGUAGUGGGUGUGGUAAAGAGAUGAGAGUAGAGACACUACUGGUUGCUGACAGGUUCUCCCAUGGAAGAACGGCGCUCACAUGCCCACAGCAGCCUCCAUGCAAUGCUACCGGUGUGAGGAUACUACGGUACCACUGGAGUAGGGACAGCGCAAUGCUUCAGCGCUCACACCAAGGGUGCUCGACCCUUGCUUUUUGUAGGAACGUGGUUUGAUGCGCUGCCACAGCCUAAGGCUGUAGGUGACUGUUGCGGUCUCACAGACUUGUA